CCAUGUGAAACAAAAAGGAAAGACGGUUAAAUCCAGUUGAAGACUCGCUUUGAAAAUAUGGCACUGAAUAAUAGGCCACAGGUCUUGAUUUGAUUUUCAGGGAGCUGGAGGUUUGUUAACCAGCGUUAUUAACAUACACCAGCUUGUUACCUACAUUUUUCUUUUUAGCAAAACGAAAAACAAAAGACGAAACACAAAACAAAAGACGAAACAUAACACUGAAGCUGGGGCACUUCAGUGCUCAUUUGGGCAACCUGGAAGGGUCUGAUUGGGAGGAGUGCCCUAAAGCUUUUGGUAUUUUUGUGGUGAUUUAGUUUGAAUAGCAAUUUUAAGACUUCUUGACACUACAUUAUAUACGCAUAUUUUUUUUGAUAGUGGUAAAAAAAAUUUGUUCGAAAUUUGAUGGUUAAAAAAAAUGUCUCCACCAGCUCCGCCCCGACGGGCACAGUGGAUAAAUAUAUGAAGCACACCCACAAGACUAGUUGAAAAGGGCCGUUCAUUGGUUCAUUUAAUCGAUUCUGCAUUUUGUUCCGGGUUGUACUCAUUCACUCAUUGCGUUUCGGAACAAACUACCACUCGUUUGAUCAAUGAAUGAUUAAAAUCUCCCUCAUCACCUAAAAAAAAAAAGGCUGCAUGAGUGGGCCAUCGUUCACCUCGCCUCCCGCCGAGGUGGCGGAGAUGAGCCGUAUCCACUAUGAGUUGGAGUACACGGAGGGGAUCAGCCAGCGCAUGCGCAUCCCGGAGACCCUCAAGGUGGCUGCAGAAAACCAAGAUGGUUCUCUGCAACCGCAGCAACCCCUGCGCGCUCAUUCCACGCUAAUGCAGGUGCCCGAACGAAUUGUUGUCGCAGCAGAUGAUAGGGACCCUCAAUUCUCUUGUCCGAGAGACUUGGACCUGAUUCAGUCCAUCCCUGCCACGGAGCUCCUGGACAUGAAGGCCCCACCGCGUGUUCUUACACUCUCAGAACAACCGCUGGAUUCCCUGGAAACUGAUCAAAUAAGAAAGAACAACCCCAGGAGCGCAGUAAGACAAAGUCAUUCUCGAUCUCGAAGGGAGCGCAGUGCCAGUGAAUUCAUAUCUGGUCGCCCCAGCAGUCAGAUUAUCAGAGGUGACGUAAGUGUAACACCCUCACCUUCUGCUCCCCCAGUCCGCAUGUGUCCCCCUCUCUGCUCCCCCGAGGACGCAAAUGUCAACCUGUUCACAGCGGCGGGCUUCCUGGCUUACAUCCAGUCUACCACACGCCGAGCCUACCAGCAGGUCCUUGAAGUCCUGGAUGACAGUCACCGCCGGACACACCUGGACCUUGCCAUGGAAAUGAACCCAGAUGAGUCUGGCUUAGUGGACGCUUCCUCAUUACGACGACAAAUUGUGAAGCUUAACCGCCGUCUGCAAAUGCUGGAGGAAGAAAACAAGGAACGCUCCAAGCGAGAGGUGGUCCUGUAUACUGCUACAGUUGCAUUCUGGCUUAUCAACACCUGGGUUUGGUUCCGGCGCUAAAAAAAAAAAAAAAAAAAAAAAAAGCAUUUUCCAAAACACAUGGAGCCAAAGCAAUGUUUUGUUAUUGACAAAUUAGGGAUUCUUUUCUAACAUCUAAAGACAACUGCCGGAAUCAAUUGCAUUUUCACUGUCAUCCAUCUCAUGCUUUCAUGGGAAAUGAUUAAAAUUCAGAUUUCAAAUUGUAUACCAUGUACACUCCCAUUAUAGAUCCUACACUGUAUACCACCUUUGCUGGUUUUGCUGUGCAUUUUGUUAUUUUUCAAGGGGUAAAGUGUGGUUAUGUUGCACAACAAAAACAUUUUGAUCUAUUUUGUGUAUUUAUUGUAUGCUACAUUUUUUUCAUGUCAUUUACACUGUGCAGAAUAAUACUUGAUUUCAAUGGUUACUUUUUCUUUUAUUCUAAUAAUUAAAUGAGAAACAAAAUAAAGACUAUGCUUCGGGAGCCCAGCCCAGAUGUGGAGCUGCAGUCAAUAAAAGUGUCAAAGUAUAAUGGAAAGAAAAUCUAAAGAUGCCAUAAAGUCUCUGCUGAAUGUUCGUGUUGUUUCACCAAAACAAUGUACAGUAGUGAAAUGCAGCAUUGUAAAGCUAUUGCAUUUUUUAUUUGACUACUUUGUUAGUUAUAUAACCUGCUUGUGGAUGUAAUGUAAAUUAUUUUCUACACGAGCUUUCCAAAUCGUCACAGAUCAUCAUCACACAUUUUCUCUAAAUCAGUAGAAGUUUCCUUCCCCCCCAUCCAGUCUUAGUUGUUUCUGUAGUACAUUGUUUUUGUAAAAUCUAGAUUUCACUGUAUUUAAUUCUGUAUAGAGUUGAAGCUGAGGCUGUAUAAAUAUUUGUUCUUAUCUGUGUGUUUUAGAUUGUUAUAUUGAUUUAAAAGAAACAUUUGUUAAUUAUUUUUGGUUUGAUAAAUGGUUGUAAUAAAAUCUUUUGGUGUGUAA